UAAUUCGUUACGAACUUUUCAAUGAACCAACAAGCAACACCACCAAAAAAAAACUUUCUCGCUUAUUAUAUUAUUCCCAAGCUUUGAAUCUAUUAAUAAAAUCAUUUUGAUAACUCCUUCUUUUUAUUUGUAGCGACAUUUUGCCCGACUACUUUGGAUGGACUAUUAAUACUUUGCUACCAUCCAUACUUCCAGAAUUGCAAAAUCGGCAUCGCAACUUAAUUCGAAAAACCUUUCCAUUUACUUUUGAACAUCUGAAAGCCUUACUAAAACAUUUUUGCUCUGUCUGUCUUUUCAAAUAUCUUCGUCUUCAUGGGAUCCAUACUCUCUUUCAAUUGUAAAAGGUAUUCGCUCCUAAAGUCACCAAAAAUAAUCUUUAAAAAUACCUAUAAAACUUUAGAUUCCUGGUCUAAUAUUCCUGAACACAUAAAAGCCAAACAGGGCCGGAAAUUGUUUCUGCAGAAUGGACAUCCUCUAUGCAGCCUCCGGGAAUUAUUACAACGUCAGUUCAGAGAUAAAUCAAUAAAUUGCGUUGCAAAAGAGUCACCUGUCGUUUCAACUAUCACAAACUUCGACUCCUUGGGAAUUCCAAAAACGCAUGUUAGUAGGAGUAAAUCUGAUACCUACUAUGUGGACAAAGACACAUGCUUGCGCACGCAUACAUCGGCACAUCAAUUGGAAGAAUUCAAAAAUUUGGCGGAAAGUAAGAUGUCGAAAAAAGGCUUCCUAAUUACCGCAGAUGUUUAUCGACGAGACGAGGUAGACGCUAGUCACUAUCCUAUUUUUCACCAAAUGGAAGGCGCUUAUUUAUGGGAUAGGAACGAUAAAGCAGGCAUGUUAAGAGAUCUAGAGCAAGUAAAGCUUGAUAGCGAUUUGCAAAAGCUUGUUAUUGACGAAGCAACUUUGAAAGAUCAUAAUGACUUACAAGAUAUAUACUCUUUACAAGAAACCCAGAUUGCUUCUAUACAUUUAAAAAAUUCCUUAGUUCUCGCCAUUCACAAUUUAGUGUUAAUGACCCCAGACAAUGGACUUGAUAAAAGUCAAGUUCGCUACCGCUGGACGUAUGAUUCCUUCCCUUUCACGCAACCAUCUUUUCAGUUAGAAAUUUUUUGGAAAGGAGCAUGGCUAGAAAUCCUGGGUUCCGGUGUUGUUCGUGAAAACAUUCUAACCCAAGCCGGAAUCCAAAAUCAUGUUGGCUGGGCUUUUGGUAUAGGCUUAGAACGUUUGGCAAUGAUACUUUACAGUAUACCUGACAUUCGUUUAUUUUGGACAACUGAUGACCGAUUCCAUAAACAAUUUACUCCAAACGAAAUCACUACCUUCCAGCCUUACAGUAAAUAUCCUUUAUGCUAUAAAGAUAUAUCUUUUUGGAUUGAUGAGUCUUUUGCAGCUAAUGACUUUUAUGAACUCGUUCGAGACGUCUGCAAGGACUUGGUGGAAUCUGUUGACUUGAUCGAUCAGUACACAACGAAAGCAGGAAGAACAAGUCUCUGCUAUAGAAUUAAUUAUAGAAGUAUGGAAAAAUCCCUUAAAAACGAGGAUGUUGACUUACUCCAAGUUAACUUACGAAAAGCACUUGCCUCUUCUCUAAACAUCCAACUUCGCUGAAAGCGAGACAAAGAAGAUCAUCAUUACUCAUAUUAAUCUUUGUAAUAAUAUAUAUUUUAUUAAUUUUUUUUAUACAUUAACCCCAA